AUGCUAACGGGUCACAGGCUUUGCCAAUCAAAGUCUCACAAGGAUGCUGUCCUGGCAGCUCUGAAUCAGCAGAGGAUUGAUGGGAUACUCUGUGAUGUCAUUCUGGUUGCUGAGGAUCAAAAAUUCCAUGCCCACAAGGCAGUGCUGGCAGCGUGCAGUGAUUAUUUCAGGGCCAUGUUUAGUCUCUGUAUGGUGGAAAGUGUUGCUGAAGAAGUGAACCUACAUGGGGUAACCGGCCUGGGCUUGAAACAAGCGCUGGAGUUUGCAUAUACAGGACAGAUCUUACUGGAACCGAGUAUAAUCCAAGACGUGCUUGCUGCAGGAAGUCACCUUCAAUUACUGGAGCUCCUGAAACUCUGUUCUCACUACCUAAUCCAGGAGCUGAAUAGUUUCAAUUAUUUGGACUUGUAUAAACUUGCUGACCUAUUUAACCUUACACUGCUGGAAGAAGCAGUGGUGAACUUCCUGGUCAAACACCUUUCUGAACUACUGAAGAACCAUGCAGAAAAGGUCAUGACUCUUCCCUACAGGCUGCUUCGAGAGGUUUUAAAGAGUGACCGUCUGACUUCGCUGAGUGAGGAGCAGAUAUGGAAGCUGGCAGUGAGGUGGUUGGAACAUGGUUGUCGUUAUCAGUACAUGGAUGAACUCUUAGAGUACAUACGGUUCGGUCUAAUGGAUGUGAAUACACUUCACGCUGUGGCCCUGUCUCACCCUCUAGUACAGGCCAGUGAAAGAGCCACAGCAUUCGUUACUGAGUCGUUGGAGUACCACCAGAGUAUCUAUGCACAGCCCAUAUGGCAAACCAUCAGGACACGGCCUCGUUUCCAGUCAAAAACACUUUAUAUUGUAGGCGGUAAGAAACGUGAGAUUUGCAAAGUGAGAGACCUGCGGUAUUUUAACCCAGUGAACCAGGAGAACGUUCACAUCGCCGGUAUUUCAAACUGGAGUGAGCUAUCUCCGAUGCCCAUCGGGAGAAGUCAUCAUUGCGUGACGGUCAUGGGAGACUUCCUUUUUGUGGCAGGUGGGGAGGUGGAACACGCGACGGGCCGCACUUGUGCAGUCAGGACUGCAUGCCGCUAUGACCCUCGCAGCAACACCUGGACAGAGAUAGCUCCCAUGAAAAACUGCCGAGAGCAUUUUGUACUUGGUACCUUGGAUGAAUACUUGUAUGCAGUGGGUGGAAGGAAUGAGCUGCGGCAGGUUUUGCCCACUGUGGAGAGGUACUGCACAAAGAAGAACAAGUGGACUUUCGUACAGUCAUUUGAUAGAUCGCUGUCUUGUCAUGCAGGAUGUACGGCUGAUGGGCUGCUUUGGAUAUCAGGUGGAGUGACGAACACGGCUCAAUACCAGAACAGGCUUAUGGUGUACGAUCCAAGUCAGAAUAAAUGGAUUAGCCACAGUCCCAUGUUACAGAGGCGAGUCUAUCAUGUAAUGGCAGCUGUCAAUAGAAAGCUCUAUGUACUUGGUGGAAAUGACUUGGACUAUAAUAAUGAUCGGAUUUUGGUUCGAGAAAUUGACUGCUACAACAUAGACACCGACCAGUGGGUACGCUGCCAAUUCAACUUACUCACAGGUCAAAAUGAAUCUGGUGUCGCAGUGCACAAUGAAAGAAUAUACCUAGUUGGCGGGUAUUCAAUAUGGACCAAUGAGCCACUAGCUUGUAUCCAGGUACUGGAUGUCAGUACGGAAGGUAAAGAAGAGGUGUUUUAUGGGCCAACGCUACCAUUUGCAUCCAAUGGAAUAGCAGGAUGUUUUCUUCCAGCCCCGUAUUUUACAUGCCCUAAUCUUCAGACGCUGCAAGUGCCUCAUCACAGGAUUGGUGCUGUGUGAGAAGAGGGUUUAAGCUUUCAAACCACAUGCACUAUUGAAUGGAUAUGGCUGUAUGUGGCAUCAACACUGAUUCAAAUAUCUUUGCACAGGGCAAACCCUAUAUUUGCUUGCUAUGCACUUCAAUCAAGACCACAAACAGAUAAUCUGCCUUUUCAUGAAUGCAUGCUAUCAUAACUGAAAUUCUCUGCGGGAGUUGCCAUUUUAUAUAGAAAGCACUACUGCU